GAAACGAGAAAGCCCGUCCUCGCUCAGCGUGUGCUUCAACGUGUUGAAUCUCGUCUUGCGAGUGGGAUUUUCACCGAGAAAUGCCAUGAGAAAACACAUCUGAGCGCGCGCCGCGUCCGUGCAUUCAUUCAGCGGCGCCCGAGUUGAGUCUACAACGCUCUCAUAUCUGUUUUUAAGACCAGCCCCCCGGCCGCGGGAAGGGAGGAUCCUGUGUUACACACUAACGUACAGCGUACGACUCGUGUAUUCUACGUAGUUCCAAGAGAGAUGGCAGAAGUUGCACCCGCUCCCGCCGCCGCGCCGGCCAAAGCGCCCAAGAAGAAAGCAGCUUCGAGAGCAAAAAAAGCCGGCCCUAGCGUCGGCGAGCUGAUCGUCAAAGCCGUUUCCUCGUCUAAGGAGAGGAGCGGCGUGUCUCUCGCUGCUCUGAAGAAAGCGCUGGCUGCCGGCGGAUAUGAUGUGGAGAAGAACAACUCCCGCGUCAAGAUCGCCGUUAAGGGUCUCGUGACUAAAGGCACUCUGGUGCAGACCAAAGGGACCGGCGCGUCUGGCUCUUUCAAGCUGAACAAGAAGCAGACCGAAGCCAAGAAGCCCGUGAAGAAAGCCGCGCCCAAAGCGAAAAAGCCCGCCGCCACUAAGAAGCCCAAGAAGGUAGCGGCCAAGAAACCCGCCGCCGCGGCCAAGAAGUCUCCUAGGAAGGCGAAGAAGCCCACAGCCGCCGCAAAGAAAGCCACCAAGAGCCCGAAGAAGGCGAAAAAGCCCGCGACCCCUAAAAAGGCAGCUAAGAGCCCCAAGAAAGCGAAAGCUGUCAAGCCCAAGACCGCAAAGCCUAAAGCGGCAAAGGCGAAGAAGGUAGCACCCAAAAAGAAUCAUCCACCAGUAUUGAAGGCCAUCUCAGUGCCAGGGAGGGCCUCCAGCCGUCUCUACUGGCAUUAGGAAGGAUCAAGGGCAGGAUUGACAAAUUCUACGUGGUAGUGGAUAAGCACCUCAUCCCUUGCACAGGAACCAGCUCCCAGAGUGCUAUAGAUGAACUCUUCAAAGUCCACUAUGUGUUCAAACUGUCAUAUGAGGAAGCCCUUGUCAACAUCUUUACCUUCCUGCAGACUACGAUCUAAAAAAACAAUACUGAAAGUGUAAAUUGAACUCUAUUUAGUGUGGACCUAUAUAAACUCUUGAUAAGUGUUAAUUUUAACAGUGUGAGUGUAAAAAUAACACUUAAAAAUUUGCUGUGUACAAUCAGAAAUGAUUGGGAAAAGGGUAAAGGUGGAGGGGUAGCAACUUUUGUAAGAAAUGAUGUGAGAUAUAAUCUAAUCAAUAAAGGGAAAGAACACGAAUCUGUGGUAGUCAAAAUACGGACAGGAAAAGACAGUAUAACGAUAUUCAACUUUUACAAUCCCCGUAAUAGACAGAGCACCGAUACUCCAAAUGCAGUAUGUGGGUUGACGUGAGGGAAAUUAGUACGGUGUGGGGAUUUUAACACACACACACACACAGCACAAUACAGGGGAGUAAGAAUACAGAUAUAAAUGAAUCAGUGAUCGAGGAAUUUACAGACGAUAAAAAUUUGGUAUGUGUUAAUGACGGGAAGGACACGUGGUAUUGUAGUUCACAUAAUGCAGAAAGCGCUAUCGAUCUGACAAUAACGUCAACUGAAAUUGCAGGAAUCAACACACGGGAGGGUUUAGACCAGUCGACAGUAGGUAGCGAGAACGCCAAGGUGGAAGUUAGAGAAAGCCGACCAGCAGAUGUUCCAAACGUAGAGCGAAAUGAAACGUGUGGGAUUAGCGAAUAAGGAUAUAACAGAUGUCGAAGAAACGAACGGAAAAGUGACCACGGCCAUUAUACGACCAGAUGAAGAAACAAUGCCAAAAAAGAUAGGAAGUAAACGAAGAAAGAGCGUGCCACGGUGGAAUGAGAGCUGUACUGUAGCAAUUAAAAAGAGAAAUAAAGCUUUUAGGAAAUUCGAAGCUCACCGUACACUGGAAACUUUGAUUAACUAUAAAAUGGCGCAAGCAGUAGGUAAGAAAACAAUCAGAUCAACCAAACGUGUAUAUUGGAGCCAAUUCUGCAGUAAAAUUGGAAGAGAAACCCAGCUAUCAGACAUAUGGAGAACAAUUAGGAAAAUGAGUGGAAUAAGAAACAGUGUGUAAAUACCAGUGUUAAAUAGCAACAAUAAAAAUGCAAUUAGCAAUGCAGAAAAAAACAGAACUUUUGGUAAAAACUUUUGUGAAGCUCCACAGUACUGAAAACCUAUCCUCAACAGCCAAGCAGUGUAGAGAUCAGACACUUGCCCAAAAUCCAGGGAUAGUAGAAAGAAGGACUUGCCAUUUACUCUAUUUGAGUUCAAAAGAGUUAUAUCAAACGCACGGCAAACGACAUCAGGGAAAUACAGUACAUGCUAUAGCAUGUUAGGCCACAUGAGAGACAUCACGCUUGAUGUAUUAUUAAGACUGUUCAAUAUGGUAUGGAAUACAGGAAAAAUCCCACUGACACGGAAACUGUUCCAAUACUCAAACCCGGCAAAUACAGUCAGAUCCGUCAAGUUACAGACCCACAGUGUUAACGUCACAGGGAAAACUACAGAGAGGAUGAUAACAGAUAGAUUAGAUCACUAUAUAGAAAGUAAAGUUCUUCUCUCACCGUAUCAGUCAGGAUUUCGUAAAGGGAGGGGGAGAAUGGUAGAAUCCAUUUCAUGCCUAGAGCCAGAAGUUAGGAAAGCUCAAACUAACAAAGAAAGUGUCAUCUCUGUAUUUUUCAAUGUCGAAAAGAUGUACGAUACCCUUGGGAAGGAUGGACUUCUUAUUAAACUUGACGAAUUAGGAAUAAACGGAAAGAUAUAUAUAAUUGGGUAUUAGACUUCCUGAACAGAAGGCCAAUAGAAGUUAGAGUAGGUGCAGAGUACUCAAAUAGAUAUGCAGCGGAAAAUUUUACCCCACAAGGCAGUUUAUGUAGCCCAAUACUGUUUAAUAUUAUGAUUAAAGACAUUUGAUCAGGUCGGAGAAAAUAUAGGUAAGUCGCUUUAUGCAGCUGACGAGGUUAGGGGUCGGGAUAUAGAAUAUGUAAGAAAGAAAAUGCAACACGCAAUAGGGAAAGUAGAACAGUGGGCAAAUGAAUAGCUUUUUAAACUAUCAAUUUCAAAAUCACAAGGUAUAUGUUUUUCUAAACGUCAUAAAACAGCACCACUGAAACUGUACAGGCAAGAUCUUGAACAGGUCAAGGCUGUGAGAUUUUUAGGAGAGCUUUUUGAUGAGAAGUUUACCUGGUGUCAGCAUAUUGAUAAAAUUAAGAACAAAUGUAAAAAGAUGAAUAAUGUUCUGAGACCGGGGAGCAAGUAGGGCAUCGCUCAUAAAUAUCUAUCAGGCUCUUACAAGAGUUGUCUUUGAUUACGGUCGCCUAAUGUAUCUUAAAAAUCUUAAAAAGCUUGACGUGGAACAGGCGCAAGAACUCUGGAUCUGUACUAGAGCAUUUAAAUCAUCACCAGUGACUGCGUUACAGGUCGAGACAGGAGAGAUGCUGUGAUUUAUAUUGGAUAAAUCUAUGAGGGCAUAGCAGGGUGUACCCCAAGAAUGCUCAGAGUUUUAUAGGACUAACUUCUUUAAGAGUUUGGGAUGGGUAAGAAAUGUAAAGGCACAAAAUGCAGGCCUCAGCCAGCUACAAGAAAGCCCCAUUGAGGUGAACUGUACCACCCUGGAAAUUCAUACAACCAUCUGUAGAUACAAGAUUACAACAAAUAUUAAAAGAGGAAUCUAAAAUAGCACCACUGUGGAUAAUACUUCAAAAAUAUAUGGACCAUUAUCAGGAUAAAUGACUUGUAUAUACAGAUGGCUCAAGACUGGCCACACCGGUGUGGCUUUGUUCAUUCCUCGUGAA